ACAGCUCGCGUGCAGUGUCUGGCCUAGCAGGGCAAGUCAGUGAAAACAACGCGGCUCUGGUGGCAGCUAGCACAAGUCUUGCUGGUGGUAUGGGCCAACUAUAGCGUUCUUUAGUCUAACCAUUUAUACCUUUACUCCGUGAACGCGGUAUGAGUGAAAGACGAUAAAACCUGCGAUCAAUAGUCCUCUCUUCUCUCCAGGACUCUCGGAUAUUGCCAAUCUGUCUUGUAUUUUGCUUGUUGAGUGUUUCUUAACCGCAUCCCCGAGGGAUAAAAUCAGCGUGGACACAAUAUUGUUAGCAACGGGCACGGGAAUUAGUCUUAUAGUGACAAUGCGUUUAUAAAUUGUUGUAAAAUAGGAAAGGUAUUUGCAAUACACCCUAACUUGAAGGUAUUGUAUGUGAUAUAUUCUGAUCUAAGUAAAUAUUAAAUAUGUCUGACAAGACAAAUUCGGUGGAUCAUCCAGGCAUUGUGGAACUGAACGUUGGAGGGGUGUUCUACACCACCACGUUAUCAACGCUACAGAAAGACCCAGGGUGCCUUUUGGGGAAAAUGUUUUCAGACGCUACGAGAAAGAACCUUCUUCGUGAUGCAAAGGGCAAGUAUUUUAUUGACCGUGAUGGAGUUUUGUUUAGAUACGUUCUUGAUUAUCUUCGAAACUUGACAUUGGUGUUGCCGGAGAACUUUCACGAACGAGAACGGCUAAAGCAAGAGGCGGAACACUUCGAGUUAACCGAGUUAGUUAAAAAUCUAAAUAUCAACCAGCCGAAGCACGCGGCCCCUAUCUCCGGGUCAACGCACGUGAUGCUGAACCCGAACCUGCCUGGACCUGCAUCCGGACGAACUCCAGGCGUGAUUAUUGUCGGUUAUCGCGGGACAUUUGCGUUCGGCAGAGACGGACUUGCGGACGUGAAGUUCCGCAAACUGAGUCGCAUCAUCAUCUGCGGGAGAGUGUCUUUGUGUCGCGAGGUGUUCGAAGACACGCUGAACGAGAGUCGGGACCCGGACCGCGGGGGAACGGACCGCUACACCGUCCGCUUCUUCCUCAAACACACGUUCAUCGAGCAGGCCAUGGACAUGCUGAUGGACAAAGACUUCUACCUUGUGGGUAGCUGCGGCUCUGGCACCAACAGUUGUGGCGAGAUCAAACCCGGGCUGGACAUCGAGGAGGCAAAGUGGCAGCACUACAACGAAUUUGUUUUCGCCAGAAAAUAAUGUUACAGAGGUGUAGUAGGCGACAGCUGAUGCUGUAGGUGGUCGUGUCGAAACGAUGAUGGUAGUUAACUCGACGUAGGUUUCAUUUUUGUUAUCAGACACUUAGGAGACGAGUGGCUUAUGCUGUAUAGACCGGAGAACCAGUGCGAGGUGGAGAAAUUCAAAAGGUUCAGUGAACAGUGUGUUUUUUGUUACACCACGGUGUAGGAUGCUAACGCUUGUUGUCAUAACGGAUGCGAACGGAUUUCGAUCCAUAAGGACGGUUAGUAUUUGUUGAUGUAAUCAUCAAACAUAUUGACGAUUUUAACUGUCUAGGAUGCUAAGUACUGAAUCGUCUAGGAUGCUAACAGAGUUUUAUUCACACAAUACGGUUGGUAUUUGUUUAAACAUAUGACUUGUAAGUUAAACUGCUACAGAGGAAGAAACUCCGCACAAAAUCGCUACAUAGUGAAGAACAACAGACUAACAUAUUUGCAAACAUAGCAAAUGUACUCGAACGUUAUUUGAUCGAUGCACAAUCAUGUUUUAAAUGCUGUAAGACUAUGUCAAUACAUAUAUUAGUAGAUGCAUAAUACAUAGAUUCAUUUCCAAUCUAUUUCCAAUUUACACCACGUGUACAUGUCGAUAGAACCGACAGAAGAGAAGUAUUAAACUCGGGGCACCUGCUUGGAAAAAUAACACCUAGUUUGUUGGUUACUUCUUAUGUAUAUUGCUUGUUUUUCCAGUAAUUUGCUUUUAAAAAGCAUUACACAUAUUAUUUAUUAAAAGUUCUGAAGCAACAUACAUGUUCAUCAACAACAGUGUUUUAUUAUUGAAUAUUUAUUUAUUUUAUUUAACACAAAUUGUUACGUGACAUUGGACAUUUUUAUCUUAAUUUCGAAAACCUUUGUUUUGCCUUCAAGAAAGAUACCGGAAAUUGGAGUUCAGAAAGAUAGAAAAACACAAUUUACAUAUACAUGGAUUUUAUAUUGGUGAAUAUAUUGCAUUCCCGAAUUACUAAAGUGUUGGAUAAUGCUGGGGAUAUUGGAUAAAUUCAAUAAGGUAAUCGCAAUUUAUUUAUAAUGCAUUCUGCAUGGUUACGUGUAUAUAACGGAUUUUAAAAGGGAAACAAACUAACAAUACUUGUUUGUCAGGGAAAAACAGUUUUAUUACACACAUGCACAGUUUAUCUGGAUAGCACUGCUCAAUACAGUUUAGUUAUAAAUGAUAUUAUUGAAUUAUUACCCUCAAAGCAGUAUUGCACGUGAGCAUGCUUACUGAAACAAGAUGCAUUUUACAUUUCUCUGUGAUACUUUAAAUUUUACAGUUCAAAAUACAUUUCCACGCAUCGGCAUUAAAAUUAGUUUUGCGUUUCAUGCUAAUUUAUAAAAUAUAACAUCACCAUUCAAAUCAGGCUUAGGGUUACAUAUGAAUGUUUUAUUCGAAUACGAACUUUUGAUGUACCUAAUGAGAUAAAUUAAAUAUUAACCAUUCAAA